AGCCCGGAAGUGUAAUUGAUAACGCAGCGGAAUGGCGAUAGUUGUGACUGCUAAAGCAGGUUUCACCUUUUAGAAUAAUGAUUUUGUCGUUGUUUUUCAUGUGUCUUUCGUGUCUACCGUUUUAUUCUUCAGCCAAGAUAAAUGAAAGACCCAUCAUUGGUGUCCUUGCUCAAGAAGUUCUUCUUGAGCAAAAGCCAAAUCAAACUGCUUACAUUGCUGCCUCUUAUGUUAAGUUCCUGGAGUCCGCAGGAGCAAGGGUUGUACCUGUCAUGAUUAACCAGCCAAUGGAGGAGUAUAAGAAGCUGUUUAACUCCAUUAAUGGGUAAUUGUAUAUAUAUAUAUGUAUUAUAAAUAGGGUUGGGUAUCGUUUGAAUU